AUGUUGUCGCGGGCGUUUGCUCGGGCGCUGGUUAAGGGAACCAGACGCCCCCUAGUUGUUUCCGUCCAGGCACCCGCCGCGCUUCGCCACGGUUGCCAGAUGCCACAGCAGCUUCACCGCCUCCAUCGCCGGCCAGUACAACCUGACGGCUCGCAGCACCCGCUUCAAGGUACCAACACGGGAGUUCCUGCUGUCGCUGUCUUCCAGCCAAACUUGACCAAGAACCGUAGCUUCUCGUCCAUGGUGGCGAAUUCAGCCGAUGCUUCUGUCAACACAGCUACGGGGGAUGACACUGUUGGCGGGAACAUUGAUCAGAGGUUCGCAACGCUGACGAGCAUAGGCGACUGCGUCAACCAGAACGAGCUCAGGCUGCUCUUGGAGAAGAACAGCGCCCCUGUUUGCUACGUCUGGUGUGACCCCUCCCCCUGCAUGCACAUAACCCAGGGGAUCUCGGUGGCCAUGAACGUCAACAAGCUGAUCAAAGCUGGCUGCACAGUCAAGGUUCUGAUGGCGGAUUGGCUUGCUCGGAUGGACCGUAAGAUUGGCGGACAGGUCGGCGGCGAUCUAGGCGAAAUGAAGACCGUUGGCCUCUACAAUGCCGAGGUCUGGAAAGCAGCCGGCAUGGAUCUUCAAAAGGUAGAGCUCGUGUGGUUGUCAGACGGGAUAAUCCGCAAUGCAGAUGUAUACUGGCCGCUUACCAUGCAUAUUGCAAUAGUAAGCGAGGUGAGCGGAAUAAAAAGGUGGCUCCGUUUCCGCGCAUCCAAGGAUACGAGGGGCCAUGGGCGUAAAGAUCCCUACUCACGAAGAGAUUUUACCGCUGCCGAGAUGUUCUAUCCUUGCUUGCAGAGCGCAGGGAUGCUCCUGUUCCACGAGGCUGCAGACAUGUGGCUGUUGAGCCUGGAUCAGCGCGGAGGCCACAUGGUAGCUAGGCAGUUCUGCAAUGACACGGGGAAGAGAAAUAUUAGACCAGUCGCUCUGUUCAACAACGUGCUGCCUAACCUACUAGAAUCCCCUGAAACGGAAAUGAUCGACGAUCCGAGCUGGGCCAUCUUCAUGGAGGAUGAUGAGGAUGACAUCACUUGGAAAAUGGACAAAGCUUUCUGCCCUCUAGAUCUUGCUGAAGUCAACCCGUGUUUGGAGUACGUAGAGCAUAUAAUCCUGCCUUGGUUAGGAAAGUUUGAGGUGGUUCGGGAGGAACACGAUGGCGGCAACAAGACCUUCGUGAGCAUGGAAGAGUUUACUUCCGAUUAUCAAAGUGGCGCCCUGCAUCCUUCCGACGUGAAACAUGCCCUUGAGAGGUCACUAAACAUGGUGUUGCAGCCCAUUCGAGAUCACUUCAGAGACAACGCUGGAGCAAAAAAGCUAGUGGAAGCAAUGGAGAAAUAUUAUUCAUAUUUUAGAUAA